AGUACAUCUGGUAAACCCGAGUUUUUGUCAUUCUCCAUAGAGGUUUCGUCAUAUAACGCACCACAGUCUGAGCCCAAUGUCCGUUAGACGUGGAUCUCUUUCUGAUGACGAAGACACCUUGAGUCAUUCCACAACCGGGCAUCAACCCCAACAUAAGUCCAAAAGGGGUUAUCUGCUGGAUGAAUUGGUAUCGACUCAACUCCAGUUUGCCAUCGAUAUGGAACAACUGUACAGCGCAAUCAAACGGGCUUCUGUCAAGUUAAACGCAGAAGACAGCCAUGCCUUGUAUUCCAACUUGGAGCAGGUCGCAUCACUCUCAAUGGAGCUGCACAAGUGCUGGAAUCAAAAACUUUUACACUAUGCCACCGUCGACUGGGAUCGCUCUUGCCUUGCGACUGAAACUGUUCCGUUUGUCGAUCGCCUGAAUGAAGUCUUUUUUGUAUACUGCGCAAACUUCGACGUCGAUUCCGUGAAAAAAAAUUUCGCAGUGGAAUCGUUCGUUGAAGAAGUCAUCCAAAUCUUACGAGAACGCAAGCCAACUUUGGUCAAUCUUAACACUGAACUUAUUAAGCCGGUCCAGCGUCUUGUCAAACUGGAACAGCUGUUUGAAAAACUCAAAGAAGCAACUUCAGAAAGGCACCAGGAUUACCAAAGCACCUGUGAUUUGUACGAAAACUUCCGAGCUCUACUUCGGCGAACAAACGAAGAUAAGCGCUGGAACGAUAUUCGUACUGAGGUAUUUGAAGAGGUCGGGAAAGGUAAACGGCUCAAAGGUUACAGCAAGUCUUUACGAAUCUUUGAGCAUUUCAAAACUGGUAGAAAAAUGCCGUCAGAUCCGAGACUGGCCCAUGAGAAAUGGCGACUCGACGGUCUGCUUGAGUCAGUGGAAAUGGUCCGAAAGUGGAUAGUUAGACGCUUUGACUUACUUCAGUCAGAUCCGAGACUGGCCCAUGAGAAAUGGCGACUCGACGGUCUGCUUGAGUCAGUGGAAAUGCUUCGAAAGUGGAUAGUUAGACGCUUUGACUUAAUUCAGGAAUCGUUUGCCAGCGAAAGACAAUUUCUGGAAAGCUUUUCUAAUGUCUCCGGACUGGAUGGACAAGUAACGCUCCAUCAUCGCAUUGGAAUCUGUCCUAGUUCCUGUCCGAUUGCCAUUGACAGCAUAACAGCUCACAUAUCGAUCAUGGAUUCCGCCCUAGAAUAUAUGGAGCACGUGACUCGUCCAAAACUUCAGGAUAAAGUCAUUAGCCGCCUACAAGAACUAUCUGAAAUGCUUUACGAUCCAAAUUUGUUGCUUGAACAACUUGAGAAGACUGAGAAAGAAUGUGCCCAUGCAGAAUCACUGCUUCUCCAGGCGACGUCGAAAAACCAACCCACGACUGUCUUGGCGGAGCGUCGCGCGGAACUGCAACAUAGGAAGGAGACUCUGCGCGGAAACUUGCUCUCACAGUUGCCACUCCUCAUAAGCCGUUCCGAAACCUUGUUGCUUUCCAUCCUAUCCUACACUUUCCUGCUUACUGCUACCCUGAUGAAUCGGUAUGGUUCGCUGAUGAACCAUCAGAUGAGUAGGAGAAGAAUGUCUUCUUACCAUGAAUCCCAAAUGACCACAGAUGAUUUUCUUCAGUUUGUCGAUGAAAUUGCGCAACGAGUUGGGCCUGGUGUUACCAAGAAGUUAUCAUCGUCCAUUCCAACACCCACCCAUUCCAGAAGCAACCAGUCUAAAUCCUCCGAAAUUCGUGCGGAAGUGAUUGAAGCCCUCAAAAACAACCUCGAGAAAGCCGUACUGCGUAAACGCGAGAAGACAGACACCGCGCAUUACCUCACAGUUCCCAACGGACGAUAUAGCGUUCAAUCUUACACCUGUGAGGGUUACAAUUCAUCCACCAAUACUUCGCCCAGCUCCAGCAAUCAGUCGCCUACCAUAGGAUUUUUCGCGAGACCGGUGUCUCCUCAUUCGCGAAAGCUUUCUCAUUCCAGUCGUCAUGAAGCGACGCAUCGAGCUGCAUAUCCAUUCACGGCCAGAAACUCUAAUGAACUGUCCUUAAAAGCAGGACAAUUGGUCGUCCUUCUGGAUGAUCGAGACGCCACUGGAAAUACAGACUGGUCUAGAGUGCGCACCUUAUCGCCAAAACGGGCGGGUUAUGUCCCAUCCAAAUACCUGCAACCCAUCAACUGAUUUUUCGGGGAGAAAAACUCCUCAUGGUUGUCAUGGUACUCCCAACUAUCCUUCCUCUCACCACUGUUGAACAUUUUCUAUCUAUCUAUAUGAACUGUAUGGAAUUGGAGCAAUUGAACACAUUUCCUAUCACCC